UGGUGCAAAGCCAAUAAAAGUUCAGUUGGGAUCCAUGUUUCUUCGCAGAGUACCUUCAGAUUGCCUAGGCUAGAAAAUCCUAAUUCUCCCGAUAAACCAACUAUUCUAUCUCCUGAUGCUUCCAUAGUCCUCAAUCAAG